UCAAACACAGACAGAGACAGAGAUUACAGCACUCAGACUGAGGACACAGAUCUGCAUUUAUGCUUUUUAGCCACUUUGUUGUGUUUUAAAGGACAAAACAGACACAAACAUGGAGGCUGAGGCAGCCAUUCUUUCUGAAGCCUCGGAUGAUACAGGCAAACAAAUACGUUCUGCUGAGGAACCCUCACUGCAAAAAGACCAGAAAGAGUCAGAAAUACAAGAGGAUGAGGUGACCAAUGAAUGUGACCCUGAAGACCAAAAGGACACAAACAUGAGGACAAAAGACCUUCUUAUAACGAGUCAGAGGGAUAAACGGUCCAUAAGCCCGCUGAGUUUUCUCAAAGAGGACUUCAGUCAGUUUAAAGAAGAGGUGUUGAAGGUGUUCAGGGACAAAGAUACAAACCCGACAAGUCAGGCAGAAAAUAAACCUGCCAGCAGUACACUCGACCUCUUGAAAGAGGACUUGAGCCAGUUAAAAGAAGACGUGACCAGCGUCUUCAGCUCCUCCAAAGAGACAAAAUCCACAGAUCCUAAAACCAGUCUGCCGGCAGAGAAGACGAUCAAUCGUCUGAGCUUUCUUAAUUUCAAAGACGACCUCUCAAACAUCUUCAGAAUCAGUCUUUCAAAGGAGAGAGAAAACAAGGACACCACUGCCAAAGAAGACUCAUGCAGCAACGUCAAGAUAAAACCGGAAAAAGUCGAUGAGCCAUUUUUCCAGAGUCUGUUCGGAAAACCUUCUCCAAAAGCAGAGAACGGUGAGGUGAAGGCGAAGACAUUUCCAGAGACGAGCGAGGAACAAUUGGACGAGUGCAACACAGAGGCAGACAAUGUCCAGAAAGUCAACAACAUGAAGGACAAGGUGGAGGACAGUGAGGUGGAUUUAACUGUCUCUGAGGAGAAAACUGAAAGUGUCUCUGAAACACAACAAAGUGAGGAAGUGAUUCCUACAUUGCUGACAGCCGAGCAGAGAUGUGAGCGAGAAGACAGGAGUGAUGACAAUUCAGUGGAAGAUGAGAAGACAGGCAGAGAAGAAGAAGAGAAACAAGAAAUAGAGGAAGAAAAUCCAUCAGAGAGUCCUCCCUGGGAGCCUGUGUCCUCUGGGAUCACACUCUUUAGUGUUAGAGACCCAAAAAAAGAUGACUCGAGGAAUCAGCCGGGAGAGGACUUGUGGUCAGUGAAGAACUUUGCCUGUUAUUUGACCUUUGACCCUAACACUGCCAACUCGGAGCUCCACCUGACUGACUGCAACAGGACGGCGACUCGCGUAUGGUCAGACCACCAGCCCUCAGACCACCCGGACCGGUUCCAGGGCUGCCCUCAGGUCCUGUGCAGGGAGGGGCUGCUGGACUCGGUGUACUGGGAGGUGGAGUGGAGCGGAGGCGCUGACAUCGGCGUCACCUACAACAGCAUCUCCAGACACGGAGACACGGCGAACUCUCUGCUGGGACUCAACGAGCGGUCCUGGAGUCUGGAGUGUUCGGAGGGAAGCUACACACCGUGCCACCGUAACAGGAGGUUCAGGUCCUGCUCACCCCGACCCUUCACACACAGAGUCGGGGUUUACCUGAACUGGUCUGCAGGAUCACUGUCCUUCUACUGCGUCUCUCAGGACGCCAUGGUCCACCUUCACACCUUCACCUCCAGUUUCUUCGAGCCCCUGUACCCCGGGUUCUGGGUCUGGGCCUAUAACGGCUCGGUGUCACUGUGUCAGGUGGAGUUAGACUGGGAGCGACUGCUGCAGUGAAACCCUUUUUCACCAACAUGGAACUGGCGUCGUUCUGGUUCCUGCACCUAAUUUUGAACCAUUCAGAGUAUUUUGACCAAAAUUGGUUCAGAACCUGAAAAGUUAAUUCUCAGCUGGAACCAAAAGACACUGUUUCUUGAAAAUCUUAUUUUGUCUUGCCUUAUCGUAUCUCAACAAGUCGGAGAUUCCUUUGAAACAACAGACAAAACAUUUAAAGAGCCCGUUUUCUGUUUACUGAGCUGUAUUUUGCAGAGAGUCGAUCGUUAGU